AUGGCUAUAUAUGAUUACGAGGGGCACGUAGAUGAUGAUGAUGUUGAAUCGAAUAAGGAUGUCCCCAUAGACACGGCAUGGGAAUUACAACAAAAGAAGACUUUUACCGCGUGGUGCAAUGCUCACUUAAGAAAUGUUAAUAAACAAAUUAACGUCAUAGAAAAUGAUUUUCGCGAUGGAGUAAUGUUAAUCAAAUUACUUGAAGUUAUCUCUGGUGAAUCAUUACCGGGUCCUGAGAGGGGAAUGCUGAGGUUUCAUAAAAUUGCUAAUGUAAACAAAGCUCUCGAUUUUAUCCAGAGCAAAGGCGUCAAGCUGGUGUCUAUCGGCGCUGAGGAAAUUGUCGACGGGAAUCCAAAAAUGACUCUUGGGAUGAUAUGGACAAUCAUUCUUCGCUUCGCUAUCCAGGAUAUCCAGAUAGAAGAUUCAUCUGCUAAGGAGGGUUUGCUGCUUUGGUGUCAAAGACAGACUGCACCGUACAAAAAUGUGUGCGUGGAGAAUUUCCACACUAGUUUUAAGGAUGGACUAGCGUUUUGUGCCAUAAUACAUAGAAAUCGGCCUCACCUAAUCGAUUACUCUCAACUUAAAAAGGGUGAUCACAUCAAAAAUCUAAAUCUUGCUUUUGAAAUAGCGGAAAAACACCUUGACAUUCCAAAAAUGCUCGAUCCAGAAGAUAUGGCAAGCCGCAAGAACUGUGAUGAGCAAUCUGUGAUGGCUUACUUGUCUUCAUAUUAUCAUGUGUUCUCAGGAUCUCACAAGACUGACAUCGCAGCUACUCGUAUCGCUAAUAACCUUCGGAUGAUUAGGGAAAAUCAAAAUCUAGAAGAAUGCUACGAAACAAUUUCGACUAACCUUUCGGACUGGAUAAAAAUAAAGCUACGAGAAUUCGGACAACGUGAUCCUCAAACAUCUGUUUCCGCUGUUGAAGGACUACAGCAGAAGUUUAGAUUGUAUUACCGCCAAGAAAAACCAUCUAAGUUACAGGAAAAAGCUCGCUUAGAGACAACCUACAAUACACUCCAGACUCGUCUGCGAUUAAACAAUAAGUCUCCUUAUGUACCAGCCAACGGACGCUUGAUAACGGAUGUUGCUAAGAAUUGGAGUUCUUUAGAACAGGCUGAUAAAAUCUAUGAGGAAUGGCUAUUAGAAGAACUACAAAGGCUAGAGCGUCUUGAAUAUCUGGCUAAGAAAUUCGAGGUGAAAUGCUCCACUCAUGAGGCAUGGACUAAUGGGAAACCAGAAGCGUUGGCUUCAAAUGACUUCCGCUCAGCUAUGCUAUCGGAAAUGAGGGCAUUUCAAAAGAAACAUGAGGCUUUUCAAUCGGACAUGACUGCUCAUCAUGCUCGCAUAGAGCACAUUCAGGCGCUUACCGAAGAACUUAAUAAACUGAAUCAUUUUAACAUAAAUGCUUUCAAUCAACGUUACAAUACCAUUAUAACCACAUGGGAUGAAAUGAAAAAGUUGUCCUCUCAAAGAGAACGAGAAAUAUCUAAAGCUUUGACAGCUCUGGAAGAAAUCGACCAGCUUCACCUCGAUUUCGCGAAACGAGCUGCACCAUUUAACAAUUGGAUGGAACAAACAGAAGAGGAUUUACGAGAUACAUUCAUUGUUCAUACAAUGCCUGAAGUUGAGAGAUUAAUUGCAGCCCAUCAAACAUUUGAGAAUACCUUAGAUGAAGCUGAGAACGAAAGUCGUCAACUCCAGUUGUGUGCACAAAAGGUUGAAGAAAUAGCUAGUGAAUAUAAACUGGUGAAUGCAACUCAAAAUCCUUAUACAAAUAUUGAACCUCAUGUGCUUCCACAGCGUUGGAAUAUGAUUCGUGAAUUAACACAGAAAAGAAGUGCAUUAUUACAUAGGGAACGUGAACGUCAACUAGCAAAUGAGAAAUUACGACGCGAAUUUGCACAGAAAGCCGAAGCAUUCAAUUCAUCUAUUGAAACUCAUCGUACAGAAAUUGUUAAAGUUAGCAUGGAAUCACAUAGUUCACUAGAGGAUCAACGAAAUAAUUUACAGAAAUUGGAAGAAGAAUUAAAUAGGCAUCAGGAUAAGUUGAAUGAAUUAGAACACGUUAAUCAGGCAUUAGAAGAUGCAUAUAUAUUUGAAAAUCCAUAUACUGUUUACUCAAUGCCAACACUGCGCGUUGCAUGGGAACAAUUGUUCACUUUAUUACACUACUCUGUCAAUGAAAUAGACAAUCAGAUAUUAACAAGAGAUUCCAGAGGAUUAACAGCUGAACAAAUGAAUGAUCUGCGUACUUGUUUCAAACAUUUUGAUAAAAAUAAUACUGGACGUUUAGAGCCAAAUGAAUUUAAGGCUUGUCUUGUUUCAUUAGGUUAUAAUUUUAGAGAUGAUAUAAAAAAUUCAUUGCCAAAUCUGGCAUCUGGUUCACGUGGCUCCGUAUGCGCGGAAACGGAUUUCUCACGUAUUGUUAAUGAAGUUGAUCCCGGUCAUACAGGUUACAUAUCAUUUGAUGCAUUCUUGA